AUGCUCACCGUUGACCUCCUCGAGGAGCGCCUCCUUGCAGCUGAGAAGAGUAUAGUCGCUGUAGGAGGCGCUCAUGGUGACCCUCGUGCCCCUUUCUUUGAGGGGUGCUCCCCCGUUCCCCUUUUGCCUUCUGUUGCCUCUGCUGCUGCUGUCGACCUCGUUGGCACCGAGUCGGUUGGCGCUGCGUCUGCUCCUAGUGGGAGGCGCCGCAGCGGCAGGAGCAAGUGGGGCAAGGGUGCUGGAGGAGACGGUGGGGGCGGCGGUGGUGGCGGUGGAGGCGGCGGAGGGGGUGGGGGUGGAGGUGGGGGUGGUGGCGGGAGUGGGGGCGUCGGUGGCGGUGGGGGAGGUGGAGGCGGCGGCGGAAGAGGCAGUGGGGGUGGCAGCGGCAGUGGUGCUGGUCGGGGUGGCGCUGUGCAGCGGGGAGGCUUUGGUGGUGGCCAGCGCCAGCAGCAGCAGCAGCGUUCUCGUGAGACCCUGUCGCCCCAGCAGCUUCGUGAGUGGUACGCUGGGCGUGGGAGGUCUGGGGGUGCUGGUCCCUGUGCUUACGUUCUUCGCACCGGCGUGCGCAGUGGGGAGACGUGCGGAGGGCCGCACACCACGCACCGCUGUUUCGGCCGCCUGACUGAUGCCUGUGCUGAGGGUGACUGCUACCUGUGUGUUCCGCCCGACCCGGGCAUUGAGGCUGCUGCUCUAGGUGCUAGUGAGUCUGCUGCUCCAGGUGCUGGUGAGUCUGCUCUCUCAGGUACCGCGUCGGCUCAGGUCUUACACACUUUCACCCUUGACUCGGGUGCUUCCCGCUCCUUCUUUCGUGACUGCACCACACUCUUGCCGCUCAGUCGGCCAGUGGCAGUCUCUCUGGCUGACCCCUCUGGGGGUCCGGUCCUUGCACACUCCUCCACGGUUCUGCCGUGUCCAGCGGUCCCGUCUGGCUCUCUGUCUGACCUCCACCUCCCCUCGUUCUCCACGAACUUGGUGAGUGGAGCUGACCUUCAGGACGCGUGGGUUGACCAGUUUACUCCUGGAGGUCAGCGGGUGACCCACUGUUCGUGUACUCGGACGGGCCGGCACCUCACCACGUUCACCCGUCAGCCUGGGUCGAGCCUGUACACUCUGACUACCGUGUCUCCUCCGGUUGCUGAGUCUGGUCAGGUAGCUGCGUCGGGUCAGGUGUUUGCUGCAGCGUCCCGGUCUGGUCCUGAGUCUCCCCCCUGCUCGUGUCGCCUCCUGUCUCACCAGACUCUCCUCUGGCACCACCGCCUUGGUCACCCCUCCCUGCCUCGUCUCCGAGGCAUGGCCUCCCGUGUCCUUGUCACUGGUCUUCCCCGGUCUCUCCCUCCCCUUCCCCAGAGGCCUGCCCCUACCUGCGUUCCUUGCGUAGAGGGGCGGCAGCGCGCCGCUCCUCACUCCUCCGAGUUCCCUCCGACGGAGGCUCCCCUGCAGACUCUUCACAUGGACGUGUGGGGCCCCGCCCGCGUCCGUGGACAGGGUCACGAGCGUUACUUCCUGCUGGUCGUUGACGACUACUCGCGUUACACCACAGUCUUCCCCUUGCGCCGCAAGGGUGAGGUUACUGAGGUGCUGAUCGAUUGGAUCCACGCUGCCCGUCGUCAGCUCAGCAAGAGUUUCGGCUCGGACCUUCCUGUUCUGCGUCUGCACUCAGACAGGGGUGGUGAGUUUUCCUCCGACCUUCUGCGAGCCUUCUGUCGUGCGGAGGGCAUCCGCCAGACGUUCACGCUUCCGGCCUCACCGCAGCAAAAUGGGAUUGCUGAGCGCCGCAUUGGCAUGGUCAUGGACGUCGCUCGUACGUCCAUGAUCCAUGUGGCUGCUCCCCAUUUUCUGUGGCCGUUCGCGGUUCAGUACGCUACGCAUCAGCUCAACCUCCAGCCCCGCGUCUCCAUGCCGGAGACCACACCUACUCUGCGGUGGACGGGGAAGGUUGGCGAUGCGUCUGCGUUCCGUGUCUGGGGAUCUCGAGCUUUCGUCCGCGACUUGUCUGCGGACAAGCUGUCCUCCCGUGCUGUUCCCUGCGUCUUCCUUGGCUUCCCCCCUGACGCGCCUGGUUGGCAGUUUUACCACCCCACCUUGCGCCGUGUUCUGUCCUCUCAGGACGUCACGUUUGACGAGUCGGUUCCUUACUACCGUCUCUUCCCCUACCGCACUGCCCCCCUCCCCCCCCCGCCGCUCUUCCUCACGCCAGGUCCUCCCCCGGUAGACCCCCUCCCCCCUCAGGGUCCUGCCCCCUCAGGUGUGUCCCAGGUAGACGCAGUCGAGCCUGUCGAUGUAGCUGUUGACUCUGGUGCUGUUUGGGGUGCUGAGCCUGCGGGUGCCGGGUCUGGGGGUGCUGAGCCUGGGGGUGCUGAGUCUGGAGGUGCUGAGCCUGGGGCCUGA